AUGGAGGACCAAAGCGCUUCAUCAACUGUUGAUGAAGAGACUCCUACAACCAGUGGACCAGCGAACCAGGGAAAUGGAGAUCAAUCGUCUGAGCUUAUAAUCCAGGAAAAUGACGAGCUCCUGUCGUUGAUAAUCAGCGACAGUGAAGGCGACGAACAGGAAGUUCCAACUGAUUCAACUAACAGCAAACGUAAAGGUGCUGAAAAUGCUGAUGCCGAUAUUACUGGAAUAGCUCUCCUAGAUGCCACUCCCGAGGCUGUUUCUGAAAAAAACGUGGGAGAUACGAAGCAAGAUGAUAAACAGGCGAAGGAACGCUCCAGCGAAGAAGGUGAUGUUGGUGCUGCUGAAAAGCUUGAACAGGCAGAAAAUGAUAAUAUCGACCUGACCGAAUCAUCUAGUCCGGAGGGGUCUUUUACCUGCAAUCGUGGUGUAAACAAGGGUCCAGCGAACCAAUUGAGCCCUGUCAGAAAUGAUGGGAAAAAAAGUGUGGCACGAGCAACUAACGUUAAUACGACGGCCGAAGAACUUUUUAACUCACUGUUGGGUGAGCGCUCUAGUGCUGCGAUAACGGAGACCACCGUUCACGCAGAGCGCAGUGAUAUGAUAAAAUUUAGCGACGAAGUGGACAAAGAUUCUUCAAAGAUUGCAGCAGAAAACAAACAAAAAGCAGUCGAUCGCAGCGUUGAGGUUCGUCCUUCCGUAGAGCAAACGGAGAUCGCUCAACAAACAGAAAUGGCUACCGAAGCAGGUGAAGCAGCUGGCUCCAAACGAUUACCUGAAAAAAUAGACAAUGUAUCAGGUGUAACUGAAACGGCCGAUGCAAAUUGUGGGGAAGUAAAAAUCCCCGAUGAAGACGCCGAUGGAAUUGCGUCACAAAAAAAGGAUGGAAGUACUGUUCCUACUGCGUUACACGAGAAGCGCUUAUUGCGGGAGACAGAGGAAGAUGUAACGGACGAUCUUGCAAAACGAGCAUUCGACGCGAACAAGAAGGACGGUUUAGCUGUUGAUGAGGCUCAGGCUACACAAAGCGACGAACACCAAGUGCCAAUCGUUAGCACUUCUGAUGAUAUCGACGAACCACCGAGAAAAAAGCAGAAACCUUCGGAAGUGAUCUCGACUGGUGACGAUCUAGCUAUUGUGUUAUCAGAGAGUGUACAAGAAACAAGUAACGAUCGAGAGCAUACCUCGGGUGUCGCAUUUGUGGCUAAUUCAUGCGAAUCGAUAAGUACGAAUGGCCAAAUCAAACGUAGAGGUUCAUUACUAAGCGAGAUCGAAGCCGACAAAACAGUCGAGGCAAAUAGAAGCAGUUCUGCACUUAGUUCGGCAGAAAUGUUACCCAAAAAAUCAGCGGCCCUGGAAGUGUUGGUGAUUGAUGAUGAUGAUGAAGAAGAUAUUUCGAACCCUAGAGCAACGGAAGCAGUAAACGAUACCAAGAAAUUGGAGGACAGUGGCAAGCGAGAUGUACACACAAGCGGGGUCGGAAAUACCGACAAUAUAUCUUCUGCAAAGAGAGCGAAGAUGGCUGAAUGUGGCACAUUGAGCGACGAGGAGAAGAGUCUUCCUGGCGUCAACCCAGACACGAAAAACGAAGACGAUAAAACUAAAAAACGAACGGAACCGACUGUGUUACGAAUGGAUUUUCUAAGAAGAUUCGCACGACCUUUGACAACCAUGACUCAAUCUGAUCUUGAGGUACUAAUCAUGCAGAAGAUUACCGAGGCGAUCGUAAACCGGGAAGAGAUGGCCGAGAUGCGCCAGCUGCUUGCGAAGCAGGAUGCAAUGUUGACCGCGUACCGGCAACGAAUUACAGAUUUGUCCAAGAGGUUGAGCGAUAUUACGAUGAUACAAACUCGAGUGUUGAGCGAAUUGGACAAACGCUCGAGCCGUCAGGUACUGCCACUUAAGAUAACGCGGAACGUCGGACUUCAGAUAUAUUUGCCGAGAAUCUCCUACAAUGAAGUGGAAGACCAUCCGUUGCACUCCGUAGCAGGGAGCACUUCACCAAUAAUGGGUCCGAAAGAGUGCUUGCCGAAUAGUGCCAAGAACGUGUCUUCAACGACCGCGAACUGUGGUUCACAGACACCACAAACAAAUGCAGCAAAACCCUUGACAGCCGCUCAUCAAACCGUCGCUAACGUGAACAAGCAUUCCGGUACUAACACCGCGCGACCGCCACAAUCGGUGACCGUAGCACGAAAUUCUAUGGUUAGUUCCAACGGUGCAUUGCUUUCGAAUGGUGCAACCAACAAACAAACAGCGCUGGCUCCUGCGAGUUGCGACCGUCGUUCUACAAACACACCCAAUCCGAAAACCACCGAAUCCUCAACAUCAUCCAGCAAUAGCAGUGUAAUGAACGGCAACAAUGUAGCUAGGAACGCAUCGAACAGCAACCAUGGCGGAAAUCGAAAGUCCUGUCACAAAUUCACCCCAAUGAGGGCUCCAAUGUCCGCCCAGCAACAGGCACAGCACCAAAGACAUGCUCGUGAACAGCAGGAGUACAUGGUACAGCAGCAAAUCAAGAGCCAACAAGCACAACGACAGCUGCAGACACUUAACACAGGUAAAACUGACCAGCCAACGGGCAAUGCGGUGCGUAAAAGUACGUCAGCUGACUCGGUACACAUCCCCAGACCGGUACCGGGCAGUACUCGACGAGAGUCAGGACCAUCAUCGACUACAGCACGACCUACCAACUCUUCUCUGAUCGAUUUGACGGACGAAGACGAUAUUCCACGAAAGUCGACCAGCACUACUGCCAGACCAACACUCCGGAUGCAUGCGAAUGUUACGACGCGAUCGUCGCCCAACGUCGUCACUUCGAGCACCAAUGGUCAGCUGACACGAGUAUCUGAGCAAGCAAACCAGCAACGAUCACAGGGAAGCGAAAAGCAUGUACUAAACGGUCAGAUACGUUCGAGUUUGAGCCAAAAACCAACUACAACAAGUGCCAAAACGACAAUGGUUGCAAAAGUUGUACCAUUAGUAGUUAGCGGAAGACGUCCAUUAUCGAGACAUCCGCCACCGUUACCGGUGCCACUAUCGGCGGCUGAGACACAAACACCCAAUCCAGCGUGGGGGCUACCGCCACCACAGCCAGCGAUACGAAUUAUAAACAUCGAAAGCGGCAUUGUUAUUUCUUGGGGAAUGGACGACCUCACAUCCCUUAAUGCUAACAUCGAAACGUACCAAAUCUACGCAUACCAGGAAACGUCCGAAACGCCAACACCGGAAUCAUGGCGCCACGUUGGUAACGUUGAUGCACUCAAUCUGCCGAUGGCCGUGACGUUAACACACUUCCAGGAAGGGCAGCGUUACCAUUUCGCGGUACGCGCGAUCGACGUACAUAAACGUGUAGGACAAUUCAGUGAACCGCGUACCUGGAGUGAUCGCCAGAAUUAAACGCUUUUACUCCGACACUUUGCGCUACAAUGGUAUCAAGCCACAUUUUACCACAGAUCGCUUCUACACUCCACCACAGAUUUGGUUUCUGGAGAGACAUGUGGCGAGAGCAAUGCAUUUCGACAGUGCUUGUUCCCUUCAGUAGCAUACAGCAACUGUAGUCUAAUUCAUAGAAACUUUAAUCUAACAUUGUAUG